AUGGCCAAGCUCUCGGAGGACGAGCGGCAGAUGGUACGAGAGCUCGGCUGGCCUGUGGAGUUAUUGGAAGAUCCACAGAAGCAGCCUCGACUCGUACAUAGCCCGGAGGAGUUUGCGCGAGCUCUUCUCCUCGAGGAUCACCUGGAGGACGUCGUCAUUCUACAAGACGGUCUGAAGAGGGCCGGCCUGGCAGAGAGUGAGGCCUUGCCGCCUUGGCUCUCUAAAGCCCUUGAUGACGCAGAGGGUUCAGUUCUUCAAUGCCUGCGCCAGCUGGAGCCCGCCGAGCUGGCAGCCCACAAGGCGGCUUUGGAAUUUCCGGAUGACCGGGGCGUGCAGCGCGAGGCUUUGCCGCGCCCGUAUCCGUUCUGCCUAUGGGACGACACUGGUGCUACAAAACUACCCGAAUCCAGCGCACUUCCAGAGGCCUGGCGGGAUCUUUCGCAGCGACUUGUCGCCGCAGAGGCUUUGAAAGCCAAAGGUGAGCUGGAUGAGUCUCACUUAUACGUUUGUGAGCUUCGGCGCUUGCGAGAGCGUGCAGCCAACGAAGCUGCAGCUGGCUACGGAUGCACAGAGCCAACGAAGAGCUUGUGCCAGCGUCAUGCGCGCGACUGGUUCGGAGAGCUAUCUCGUUGGACGCUCUACUGGAACUGUUAUGACGAUGGGAUCUUCAUUGGGGGGCGCGGAAGUGGCAAAGGGUUGCACGUGGACCAGGUGCUAUGGAGCAAUAUUGGCAAGCAGUGGAGGGGUUACAAGCUGAUGGUUACUUGGCCAGCAGGCCACCUCACAGCGGUGUGUAGCAAAGUGCAUGUCUGCAUGCGGCAUCAUUUCACCAGCAGAGAACACAGGGAGCCAGCCUCCGAUGUGAUCUCCCGAUGUCCCCAGCGAGAGUAA